CAGCGAGUAGCAUAUAACCGGUCCAUAAAUUUCAGAAGGAAAAGGAGAGUGAAAAGAGUUUUAGAAGAACAAUGGAUGAAAGCUUGCAGGAUCAGAAUAAGCUGCCGGAACUAAAAUUAGAUUCUAAACAAGCUCAAGGGUUUAUCUCAUUUUUCAAAAGCCUAACCAAAGAUCCUAGAGCUAUUAGGUUUUUUGAUCGUCGGGAUUAUUAUACUGCACAUGGUGAAAAUGCAACUUUUAUAGCAAAGACAUACUACUACACUACUACUGCUCUGCGACAACUUGGUAGUGGCUCUGAUGGUAUUUCCAGUGUGAGCGUCAACAGGAAUAUGUUUGAAACCAUUGUCCGUGAUCUUCUAUUGGAAAGGACAGACCAUACACUACAGCUCUAUGAGGGUAGUGGUUCAAAUUGGCGGUUAUCAAAAAGUGGAACCCCCGGAAACCUGGGCAGUUUUGAAGAUGUUUUAUUUGCCAACAAUGAGAUGCAAGAUUCUCCUGCGAUAGUUGCGUUGUAUCCAAACUUUCGCGAGAAUGAAUGCACUAUAGGGUUGAGCUAUGUUGAUCUGUCUAAGAGAGUACUUGGAUUGGCAGAAUUUGUGGACGACAGCCAGUUCACAAAUGUCGAAUCAGCUCUAGUUGCUCUUGGAUGUAAAGAAUGCCUCUUUCCACUGGAGAGUGGAAAAUCUAUUGAAAUUAAAAGCUUGCAUGAUGCGUUGUCUAGAUGUGGUGUCCUUCUUAGUGAGAGAAAGAAAACUGAAUUUAAGUCGAGGGAUUUGGCGCAGGACCUUAGUCGUCUCAUCAAGGGCUCAAUUGAACCUGUUCGUGAUUUACUCUCUGGUAUGGACUAUGCAUCUGGGUCUCUUGGAGCAUUGCUGUCCUAUGCAGAAUUACUUGCAGAUGAGAGUAAUUAUGGUAACUUUACUAUCCAAAAGUACAAUCUUGACAGCUACAUGAGGUUAGAUUCUGCUGCUAUGAGAGCAUUAAAUGUUUUGGAGAGCAAAACAGAUGCAAACAAGAAUUUCAGCUUGUUUGGUUUAAUGAAUAGAACAUGUACUGCUGGUAUGGGAAAAAGGUUGUUAAAUAGGUGGUUGAAACAACCUUUACUAGAUGUAACUGAAAUCAACUCCAGGUUGGAUUUGGUCCAGGCGUUUGUCGAAGAUACUGCUCUUCGCCAAGAUCUGAGACAGCAUUUGAGAAGGAUUUCAGAUGUUGAGCGGCUAAUGCAUAACCUUGAGAAAAAAAGAGCUGGUUUGCAGCACAUUAUAAAGCUUUAUCAGUCAAGCAUCAGACUUCCGUAUAUUAAAAGUGCUCUGGAACGAUAUGAUGGCCAAUUUUCACCACUGAUAAAAGAGAAGUAUCUUGAUCAACUUGAGUGUUAUAUUGAUGAUAAUCACUUGAAUAAGUUUGUUGCUCUUGUUGAAACCGCUGUUGAUCUUGAGCAACUUGAGAAUGGAGAGUACAUGAUAUCACCUGGUUAUGAUCAAAAGCUAUGUGAACUAAAAUCUGAACGGGAUGCAGUAGAGCAGAAGAUACAUAAUUUACACAAAGAAACUGCUAAUGAUCUUGAUCUUCCUCUAGAUAAGGCUUUGAAGUUGGAUAAAGGGACACAGUUUGGACAUGUUUUCAGGAUUACAAAGAAGGAAGAGCCUAAAGUUAGGAAGAAGCUAGCAACACAGUUUAUAAUCCUUGAAACUCGAAAGGACGGGGUAAAGUUUACAAACUCAAAGCUUAAAAAGUUAGGGGAUCAGUACCAAAAGGUACUAGAAGAGUAUACAAGCUGUCAAAAAGAGAUCGUUGCUCGAGUGGUCCGAACUGCAGCGACGUUUUCUGAGGUUUUUGAUACAUUAGCUGGGAUUCUUUCUGAACUAGAUGUCUUGCUUAGCUUUGCUGACCUUGCCACUAGUUGUCCAACUCCAUACGCAAGACCAAACAUAACUGCUGCGGAUGAAGGAGAUAUUGUACUAGAAGGGAGUAGACACCCUUGUGUUGAGGCUCAAGAUGGAGUAAAUUUUAUUCCAAAUGAUUGUAAUCUGAUUAGGGGUAAAAGCUGGUUUCAAAUCAUUACGGGCCCUAACAUGGGUGGAAAAUCUACAUUUAUUCGGCAGGUUGGUGUGAAUGUUUUGAUGGCACAAGUUGGCUGCUUUGUUCCUUGUGACAAAGCACACAUUAGUGUUCGUGACUGCAUUUUUGCUCGUGUUGGUGCUGGUGAUUGCCAGCUUCGUGGAGUCUCCACUUUCAUGCAAGAAAUGCUAGAAACUGCUUCGAUAUUGAAAGGAGCAACAGACAGGUCGCUUAUAAUUAUUGACGAGUUGGGGCGUGGGACAUCAACUUACGAUGGAUUUGGUUUAGCUUGGGCAAUAUGUGAGCACCUUGUUGCAGUGACAAAAGCACCAACUCUAUUUGCAACUCACUUUCACGAACUGACUGCGUUAGCUCAUGAAAAUGCCUACAGUGAGCUAUCUAAAAAGCCCAACCAGGGCGUGGCAAAUUACCAUGUUAGUGCGCAUAUUGAUUCGGAAAGUCACAAGCUGACCAUGCUUUAUAAGGUUGAACAAGGAGCUUGUGAUCAAAGUUUUGGUAUUCAUGUAGCAGAGUUUGCAAAUUUCCCUGAAAGUGUUGUUGCCCUUGCUAGAGAAAAGGCUGCAGAGUUGGAAGAUUUUUCACCAGAUUUGAUCAUUUCAAACCAUUCAAAAGAAGAGGUUGAACCUAAACGAAAGCGUGAGUGUGAUUCCGAGGACAUGUCUAGAGGAGCUGCUAGAGCUUGUCGAUUCUUGCAGGAAUUUACUGCUCUGCCAUUUGAGCAAAUGGAGUCGAAGCAGGCCUUUCAGCAUAUCAGCAAAUUGAGAAGCGACUUAGAAAAGGAUGCAUCUGACUCCAGUUGGCUCCAGCAAUUCUUCUAGACAACUUCAAUCUCUUCUCUGUCAUGAAUGGUGGUAAACCUGUAGAAAGCUUGAGGUAGAACAGAAUUUGAAAUUAAAGUCAGCUAGUGGAUCACCCCAAACUUUUGACACCUCUUUCUUGCAAUUCCUCACCGACCAAGUAUGGGGAUUUUACAUGGUAUAUAGGCUCCUUGCAUUUUUAACGAAUUGUACACUCGUUUUGGUAGUAAGUGCUAUACAUGGGUACAUAAGUCUUAGUUAGACAUGGAUGGUAUAUGCCAAAAUGUCUGACAAGGUGUUUUGUAGUUAAUGACCCAUGUAGGUAGAAGACUUUCUAGUGCUCCCACUAAUUUUGCUGUUUAGUAUAGUGAGCAGCAGAGAGCCUUCCGGAUCUUUUGUUCUUAGAUUGUAUAGAGUUUGAUUCGCAUCUUGAAUCAUAGAAGAAAAACCUCUGAUCAAGGAGUAACCAUAUAUUUUUUUUUGUCUCCCUUAAUAUUUGUGCAUAUCGUGAUUUGCAUAAUCUUUCCCUAUUAAGUUACUCCACUUGUAUUCUUAGGUUUUACAGAAAAUAGUGCAGAUGCAGUAGAGUGUUAGGCUGUGUUAUGGGGUGAUUCACAUGCUUCACAGCAUGGUAAAGCAUGGUAAAAGAUGAUGCUCACAGCUGAGUUCCCGAGAAACUGUGAAUCAAAUUGUGGAUCGACUCACAACUAGUUCUAGAAAGUCUUCUACGUAGAUGGGUCAUUAAAUUUCCUCGUGUUUUUCAUCUUUGCUAGACAAUAUCCCAUGAUCAUCCAUAUAAACUAUUCAACGAAACAA